GGAAGAACAUAAAAAAAGUAGAGAAACGGAGAGAGGAGUAGCCCUGCAUGAAGGAGAGAGACAAAUGCUGACUCCAAAGGAAAACAGAUGUCCGUCCACCAUUUAUGAGCUUACGACACACUUCCGUCUCAGCAAUGGCGGACUCUCAGUCACAGCCGUUUCGCUCCAAACCUGCCACAAAUCCCGAGCCUACACUCCCACUCCUCUCCCUUUCGCAUCCUCUUUCGAUACUAUAUAAUAGGGUUAGGCUCUCUUGUUUCUGCUUCGUCCAAUCCGCCCAAAUCAAACCUGUUCGGUCAAAAUGGCCAUUCAAAUCGUUCGGAUCUGCACUCAGCUGCUUCUUAAGGCGGUCAACCGUCUGGUUGGCUACACCGGCCUUGCCAUCCUCGCGUACGCUUACCGGAGGUACUCUAUCUCCAUGGAUAACAGAGUUAGCCCAGAUGAUGAACCCAGCCUUUGGUUCUUAUACACCUCUGUUUGUGUUGGCAUAGCUUUCUGUUUUUUGGCUCGUGUAGGCCACAUUGGUGCAGUGACUGCAAAUAAAACAUGUUUGGCCUCUUAUUGUGCUUUGAUGUUUUCUCUUAUCCUGACGGAAGUUCGCCUAUUCUUGAACGAAGACUGGAGAGAGAGUUCUCCCAAGGACUGGACUGGAGGGCUUGAUGAGAUCAACAGUUUCAUUGCAAAUAACAAUGAACUUUACUUUUGGGCAGGCUUUUUACUGACGUCUCACCAUUCAAUUUGUGCAAUUCUUGCACUGCUUCUCUAUGCCAUGGUUGAGUCCAUGGGCAACAAUGGUGAUGACCCAGUUCCAGAGAGAGCCCCACUCUUGCCAACUUAUAUUCGCAGUACGCCGUUCCGUUGGUAGCAUAGGAACCAUCCGUGAAAGACUGUACAAGAAAGGCUUUGGAGAAGUGCUGUUUAAGAAAGCUCCAUGUUGAUCGCUCAAGAACUGCAGCUGUGAAGCUAAACAAGUAACUCUGUGUCUGUGUAGUUGAAACACUUGUUUACGGCUAUUAUUCUGCCCAGACAAGUGCCUAUAGAAUGUAUAUCAAUUUAUGCUCGGAUUAAUACCCAAAUGGUUUUAGAUUAAGUUUGUAUUAGAUGUUUAUAUUACUAGACUAAAUCCCGAACCCUUGCAGCUGUAUUUAUUACCUUCAAAGAUGUUGAUAUUUAUAUUAUACAAAAUUACAAAUGUUCAAGUUCUUUGGCUGUUCUUCAGCAUAAAAAAUCAUU